CUGCAGACGGCGCAAACGUCACUGUGAAGCACACGGCACGCACUUGGGUCGGGAUUUUGUUGGUUUGAUCUAACUACAGCUGUCUCUUUCUUGGCAUCCACCACCUUCUUCAAGAAUCAACCCAAACGAGCACCAAUGGCCGACCACAUGGAAAUCGACGAUGAUUCAGACCUCUGGACAUCGCCGGUGAAAAACGUCCCGCCAGAGCGUCCGAAAACUCCAAAAACCCCCAGAACACCUCGAACCCCAAAGACCCCCACGGGAAACGACCGCCAGUCCGAGCCGCUCGAUCGAGAAGCAAUGCUAAGAAGAGAGCUGGAGGGGGUGCGAAGCAUCAACCGAGUCAUCGAGGGCGUCAUUGGCACUCUGCAGCGGACAGGCAGCAACAUGGACUCCGUCUCCAAAACCGUCUCGAAUGCCUCCACGCUGCUCAACACCUGGACUCGCAUCUUGUCACAGACAGAACAUAAUCAACGCCUGAUUCUUGAUCCAACAUGGAAAGGCGCAACAAACGACUUGGCCGAGAUAGAGGCAGAGGCAUUGCGGAAACAACAGGCAGAGGCGCGCAAAGCUGCAGAGGAAGAGGAGCGGAGAGAAGAGCUCCGGCGGCGGCGGGAGGAGGAGGAACAAAGAAGAAAAUUGCCUGCAACGGCUUCAGCCCGGGGAGCACGCGGAACUGCUGCCGGCCUUCGCAGAGCUCGCGGCCGAACCAGGGUGGCUUCAGUGGGGUCAAGGAUCGCUACCAGAUCAAGCUAUUCGUCAAGUAAUACCACUUCGAUCCCCUCAAGUAGCCGUGGCGCCUCCGGCACGGGGAGAGGAAUUGGAACGACCAGGAGUCGUUACAGCAGAGCGAAGUAGCUGUGUGUGGGCUGGAAUCCGCACAUCCCCCUUUCGCGCCAUGCAUUCGAUGCUUGAUAUUACUCCGUAGAUACCCAAAAGUGUUAAAAGGCUGUAGACAUUAUUUUUUCUGGAAAAAG